UCUCUCCUCUCCAAUAUAGUAUACCUUUCUCUUUAUCUAGUCUAGAGGAAGACCAUGCUUUCCAUGCUUCCUUCCUUGUCGCACCCCCCUCCCACUUUGUCGGAACAACCCUUCUUUUUCUUAUCAUUCGAUAAUGGCGACGGGAAAGAAAACGGUCUCACGUCGUGCGUCGCAAUUAUAGUUUCCUCCCGACCGGUUUUUCCUUUCGUCCGUCAGUCGUGCUACUCUGUCUGUGUCUGCCUGCCUUUUGUGGCACGUGUUUUUACAUAUUCUCUGUUUUUCUCCGUCUCGAGUUAAGCGAUCGUGCGUGCAUAGACGUAUAUCCUGUCGUGCGAAGGAAAUUCAACGAUCGAAGGAUUUCCGAAUACACGAGAGCAGAAUUUCGCAGUCGUGUCCACUCGUGACCACCCUUUCUCCCUACCCCCACUUUUAUGACAUUCCCCUACCGUCGCGGCGAGUUUUCUUAGCGUCGCAUGUGAAUUACGCGGUUCUUACAGCAAUCGGACGUGCCGAGCCGCGUUUUGUUUCGUCGCGUGUAGUGUGUACGCGUGUGUCGAACGCGUCGCGCGUGAGUACCGCGGGGAGUUAACGGUAUCAUGUUUAAAAAAGCAACCCGAGGCGCGCCAGUGACGAUAACAUGGUCGCCUUGAACGGUGUUUGGUGUACUUGUUCGUUUGGUGAUGUCUGUUCGUCAUCCAUGUGAAUUCGUACUUCCGUUGUACUAUUUAAAUCUUUAUAGUCGCAUAAGAAACGAUAUUCCAAUUGUGCUAGUAAACACAAAAGAAGCAGACUAGAUCGAACUGUUUAACGAAGUUCAGUGCCGUGAAUUAUGAAUUCUUCUGGUACGUAAAUAUGAUUCCAUCGCGUAUCAACAACCUGUUCGAAGGUGGGAUAAAGUAAACAAGCGGUGCGUAGAUCGUCGAGAGCAGAGGCUACUUGCGGUGGUGGCGUCUCGGCGCUUUAACCUUCGGGGAGUGGUUCUUUGUGUUUCUUCUUUCUCUUUAUGUUUUAUGUUUUAUUUUAUUUUACCGGAGUCCGCGAAGCUAACUACGCAUUAGAAGCGGCUACGAAUCAUCGCGCGUCAGUCGAAGGAGUGAGCACGCGCGCGCACGUACGCAUCAACUCACGCACGCAGUCUUUGUCCUAAAUAGUCCGAGGAGCGAAGUGUUGGAAGAAAAAAGAUGGAAUUUCGUGGUGUAUAGAGCAAACUCGUGUCUCUUGUGAAAUCUUCUACGGGCGAAGCCUUGAAAAAGUUCCGGCUAGGCGACGACGCAGAAAAAGAGAAUUAGUCUGUGGUCGUGUGUUUUGUAAUCGGUCGCGUUACCGUACACAUCGAUCCAGCUCCUUUUCCACGUGCACUUGUACCUACGUAUAUACCCCUAUACUUGUACAAUUAAUCACAAAUAUCUACGUGUACUCCUCGAGCCGGAAACGUUUUUUAAAACGAACAAAGACAUUAGCUCACAGCAAUUGUUUUGCGGUUCAUUUUCUUUGAACAUAUUUCCACAGCUAUGUGAAAUCGUAGAACAAUGAUUUCGGACUAUCGGCAUGCCGAGUAAUGUGGGACACACGGCAGUGGUGCUUCGGUAGUGAUUGUGUUAUCGACGUGUCAUCAUCGAGGACGAACGACACGGAUCCACAUCGCGGCCAGGAAUGUAUGCGUCGCACUGGUACAGCUAUGAGGGGCGGAAAAUUCUUCAUCUUCAAUAAGAAGCUUCUUUGAGCAUCGCUUUGUCCAGGAUUUGCACACUGGUUCUGGAGAAAGGCUUCGAAAACAACAAAGGGAAAAGAACAAGAAGAAACUAAACCAUUCGAUCGACUAUAUCCGAGUCCUAGCUAUCUGCAUCGAGUCGAUCUUUUUUCUUAAAAAUUCGCUUUUCUAAUUGGAACUUGCAAGAAGAGCCCUAAGAUCGAUCUAUAAAACCGUGGAUCGAGGAUCGCGAUUUACUAUCGGCCAGGAACGGAGCAUGAAGCCGGAAGAUCCGCAAACCAGGUCGUUGAGCAGUCAUUAAACCAGCUGUGACCGCAGUUCAUCGUGCUUGUUAAUCAUUUGCACAAGGUAGAAAGUCGAAAUCGUCACGGAACUAUAAUAUAUUGCAUAGCUGGAAACCUGAGUCACGAUUCUUGGUAGAAUGAUAUUUGCAAGUUUCGCGCGAUCCUAACGAUUCGUCCGAGAACGAGCAGAGGUGGGAAAAAGGUCUAACGAGAGAGCAACUAGCGAUUCUGCUCGAGGCAAACGAUCGUUCGAGUUCCUUGGAUCUGGAAAAGGAGAAGCGAAACCGUGUUGUCUGUUGUUCGAUCUUGUUCGAGGUCCAUCGGCUGAGAUCAAACUGUUUAGAAUCGCUUGACACACAGAGAGGGCCUUUGUUCGACGAUCGAUCGAUCUGGUAGAGGUGGGGAGGCGAAACACGUUAAAGGGUGGGGUAAUUUGGGAAGAUUUGACGAUCGUCUUCUCGAUAGUACAGUCUUGCCUGAGACAGGAAGAUGAAGAUGAGGUGGUUACUGGUGGUCGUGCUCCUUUCCACCACAACGCUGCUGUCCUGCUGCCAACCAAAUAGUGUUCAGUACAGGACAAGCCUCGACGAUGACAACGACGAGAUUAGGAGCAGAUACGAAGCGAAUUACGCAUAUACAAACACCGAGAAGGCUAUCCCUAGGCACGGACGUCGCGAGAGGAACCUGGACGAUUCUGACGAUCCGUUUUACGAGCGGAUCGUUUCCUACAGAAGCAACAGGGCCAUCGAUGCUUCCAGGUCGACGGAAGCCAACGCAAAAUUGACCCAGCAACCGGGCCAACUACCGAACCUCCCUAAAUCGAACGCAAAACCAAUCGACGUGGUUCACGAGAAGGGUCGACGAAGGGUCACAAACAAAAACGUGACGAUUGGCGAUGGAAUUUGCCAGAGCAUCGAUAUACGGAACAGCGCGUCUGGUUUCGGCAUUAUGAAGGAUUGUCGCGUGAUAGAGGGCUUUCUGCAGAUCGUCCUCAUCGAGAAUAACUCCGAGACGGACUUUCAACCGAUCACUUUUCCCAAACUUCGGGAAAUCACUGGCUACCUGCUUCUCUAUCGCGUGAAUGGAUUGAAGACUCUCAGCAAUCUGUUCCCAAAUCUCGAGGUGAUCAGAGGCAACAUCUUGCUGACCGAUUACGCGUUCAUGGUGUACGAGAUGCAGAAUCUACAGGAGAUCGGUUUGAAGAAACUUACCGAGAUCUCACGGGGCAGCGUUCGGAUCGAGAAGAAUCCGGCGUUGUGUUACACCACCCUCGACUGGGACCUCAUCGUUUCUGCUGGGGAGAAUGUUAUCAAGGACAAUGGGGAGGAAGCCUCUUGCCCUGGCGAAGAACGGUUUGGAUGUUCCCACUGUCCCGGGGGUUACUGCUGGACUUCGCAGCAUUGUCAGAGAACAGAGAGGCUGGAUUGUCACGAUCAGUGUCUGGGCGAGUGUCACGGUCCAACGGAAAGCGAAUGUUACGUAUGCAAGCAUUAUCGGCACGAGGGGAAAUGCGUGGAAACCUGCCCUAGUGAUCUAUACUCCUAUCUCUCGAGACGCUGCGUCACGAAGGAUGAGUGUGUACGAAUGAAUCGUCUAAGACGAGUAUAUUAUGUCCUGGAAGAUGGUCAGGCUUGGAGACCAUUCAAUGGAUCCUGCGUGACUCAUUGCCCUGAUGGUUACGAGGAUGCACUCGACGAGAACAAUAUUGCGAGAUCAAGGAAGGAAAACGGGAAGAUGACCACGUGUCGCGCUUGCGUGAACAGCUGCCGGAAGGUCGGCCACGGCGCUCUGAUCCGCCACAUCUCCGACGCCCAGAGCUUCCGUGGUAUAACCGUAGUGAAAGGCGCGCUGGAGUUCCAAAUUCGAAAUGGAAAUCCGAACAUAAUGAACGAACUAAGCGACGCAUUCGGUCGAGUCGAAGAAAUUACCGAGUACGUCAAGAUCACACAUUCGUUCCCCAUUACCUCGUUGAAUUUCUUCAAAAAGCUCAAGGUUAUCAAGGGUGAGAAACUGGACAUUAACAACGCCAGCCUAUCCGUCUUGGACAAUCCCAAUCUGUCCAGCCUGUUCCCACCAGGGCAAGAAAUCAGAAUCGAAAAUGGCCGACUCUUUUUCCAUUACAAUCCAAAGCUCUGCUUGUCCAAAAUCAUACAGUUCAGUCAAAUGGUGAACAUCACGAACUACACCGACCUGGAAAUACAGCCGCAAUCGAAUGGCGAGAAAGUGGCUUGCGAUAUAGUGAAUAUAAAUAUCACGGUUAAAAAUCUGGGACCCGAUUACGCGGAUUUGAUGUGGGAUAGUUACAAGCCACCGGAAGGGCAGCAGUUGCUCAGUUACCUGUUGAAUUAUAUUGAGACGGAAAAUCAGAACAUCACGUACGAGAUGAACGCUUGCGGGUGGAACAACACCUGGCAGAUAGUCGACGUAGAUAUUCCUAAAUGGAACACAACGGUUUCGAAGCAUAUCAGCAAUCUGAAGCCCUACACUAUGUACGCGGUAUACGUAAAGACGUUCAACGCCAGGACCACCAAGUUCGUGGGACCAGUGGGUCAGUCGAGAAUCAUCUUCUUCAGGACGAAGAGCACCAUUCCAUCACCUCCGAUGAACGCAGUAUCUACUGCCUUGAGCGAGACUGAGAUUCUAGUCAAGUGGGAACCGCCACUGUUCCCUAAUGGGCCAAUAGGAUACUACAUGGUCUCUAGCGUCAUGAUCUACGAAGACGAGAAUCUAAUCUCGUCCAGGGAUUAUUGCAACGAUACGCUAGACAGUGAACUGGAAUCCGAGGAAGUGGUGCCGGACGUAACCGUGAAGACGCCAGUGGUAAAUCGGGUUUCGUGUUGCUCGAAGAGCACGAGCAGGAAUAUCGUCACGUCGAAGAAGUUCGAGAUUUUCUGCCACGAGAACACGACUAUCAGCUACAUAUCACCCGGCUGGAAGGACUACUGCGUGUACAACUCCUACAACACUGUGGACAAUCAGUUCUACGAGCUGGCGAACAAUUUGUCCACCCCUCGACCGGAAGAAUCCAGCAGAUUCGAUGCAUUCAAGUCCACGGGGAACGUGUUAGACAAGCACGCGGUCACGUACAACGUUAGCGGUCGAAACAAUUCGUUCGUGAUCAAGAAUCUGCGCCAUUACUCGCGCUACAUCAUCAGUAUAGCCGCGUGCGGCGUCAAAGUCAACGAGUCGAAUAUGUGCUCAUCGAUUCAGUACACGAACACCCGAACGAGGAAGCGGAAUCGUGCGGAUGACGUGAAGAACGUGAAGGUGCAGGUGACUAACAACACCAUCGUUGAGGUUUUUUGGGACCUGGUGAAAGAUCCUAACGCCCUCACCGUUUCAUACACCAUCGAAUACACCAACUUGGACGUGAAAGACGCGAAGAAGAGCACCGAGUGCAUUCCACGAACUGGACGAAAAGAUACCAUCAACAGUUACUUGAUCAAGAACCUGAGUCCUGGAAAAUACAGUUUACGGAUGAAGUCCACGUCGUUGGCCGGUGAUGGUAACUUCUCGAACGUGGUGUAUUUUUCCAUAGGUCUGAGCAACACCACGCCCAUCACGUUAAUAGCGUUGUUCACGUUUGGUGUUCUGUCUAUGGUAUUCGUCAUUUUACUCGUCGUUUUGAGGCAUCAUCAGAAGAGGAAGAAACAGGAAAGACUGAUCGCCAGCGUAAACCCUGAUUACAUAGAAACAAAGUACGUGAUCGACGAGUGGGAGGUACCCAGGGAAAGCGUGGAGAUCUUGGAGGAACUUGGUUUGGGCAAUUUUGGUAUGGUGUAUAGAGGAGUGUACGACAAAACUACGCCAGUGGCCAUCAAAACGAUUUCGAAGACGGCUAGUCAGAGGGAGAAGAACGAGUUCCUAAACGAAGCCUCGGUAAUGAAGAACUUCUCGACUUUUCACAUAAUUAAGCUCAUCGGCGUGGUAUCCAUCGAGAAUCCCCCGUUCGUUAUCAUGGAACUAAUGGAGAAUGGAGAUCUGAAGACCUAUCUGCGUCGGAUUCGCGAUACCCAUCUCGUGCCGGAUGCCUGCAGAAUUAUGAGGAUGGCGGCUGAGAUAGCCGAUGGCAUGGCUUAUUUGGAAUCGAAGAAGUACGUUCAUCGAGACUUAGCUGCGCGGAAUUGCAUGGUGUCGAAGAACUUGGUGUGCAAGAUCGGUGACUUUGGCAUGGCCAGAGACGUUUAUGAAACGGACUACUACAAAAUCGGUAGGAAAGGCCUUCUUCCGAUCAGAUGGAUGGCACCGGAGAAUCUAUCAGACGGUGUGUUUACGUCAGAUUCUGACGUCUGGUCGUUCGGUGUGGUUCUUUAUGAGAUUUUAACUCUCGCAGAGAUUCCUUACCAAGGUUUCUCUAACGAGGAAGUGCUCAGCCAUGUGUUGCACAAAGGGACUCUAAAUAUUCCACGUAAUUGUCCCGAAAAUAUCCAGAAGAUCAUGGAGAAGUGUUUCAAGUGGCGACCAAACGACCGUCCCACGUUCAUGGAGAUCGUGUCAGAGCUGGAGCCGUUUCUUGGCCAAGAUUUCUACGAGAAAUCGUUCUACCACUCGAUGGAAGGUGUGGAGAGCCGAAACUCGGGUAUGAAGAAGCCCUAUCAUCACGCAGCUCCUAUCAGAUUUCAUUGGGGCAACGAGACGGCCAGGUGGGUAAAGGAGUUCGAGGACAACGUGACGCUGUUGGAUCAGACGAAAGCCGGCACCAGCAGGGGACGUAUUUUUAAGAAUGGCUUCCAGCAUUUCGGUAAUGUAGCCAACAUGGAGGACGUACCCCUCGAUCGAUGAAGUUCUACGGUCAGUCUAUAAUAGCGAAUUUUUCAAUGACGUAAGUGUAUUCGUCCGGGACAAGUCCCCGGCAAGUCACAAACUCGUUUAGGUACGAUGUACAAAGGAUACUCAGGGCAAUGAAACGUAAACGAGGGCCCAACGAGUUCGGCAGACGGGAAUAGGCAAGAAUUUUUUUUCUGUCUCUUGCCAGCCUGACAAGUUCAGGACGACACUUGAAAAGAUUCGUCUGUCGGUGCUCGUUGAUUUCCAAUUAGGACCUUAAUGGCAACGAGCGACUAAGAAUAUCUUCACAGCUUUUUGUGCAUACGUUCUUCGCUCUAACCGAGCGCUAAUAGUAUGCAUAAUGUUUAACUUAACCAAAAGCGUUUGAAGACAGAGUCCAAUCAGACGCGAUGUUUUUCUUUGAUUUCUUUUGUUUUUCUUCUUAGAAAGCGUAACCAAAAGCUCUUAGCUCCUCGGCCAUGCAAGCCUACGAACUUUGUUCAUUCCUUGAAAGGAUUAUAUUUCGUUUCGUCCUUUCACAUGGAUAUUUCUUUCUGUUUCUCUUCUACUUUUUCUCUCUAGAUUAGUAGAUAAUGUUUUAGGGACACGCGUUUUUUUUUUUUUUUUGUUAACUUGCAGUCUCCUGCCGCUCAAAGAACUGACUAAUUAUAUGUGCUAGAUACGAAGUUGCGUAGAGUUCGUAAGCCCAGGUACAAUGAAUUCUUUGUUGUUUGAUACUCGUUGCAUUUUCAUCAACUCAUUGUUCGAAACUGCCCUGUCUAAACUUGCCAAGUUUGGUGCUCGUCCAAGAUCAAAUUUUUGAUUGUGUACAUUUUUAUAAAGGGAACAUUACUGACUGUUAGUUAUUAGAUCCAGAAAAAUAGACGGAAAUAAAAGAGACUCAAGAGACUCCGAAGGAAAACAUUUUUCUACAGAUAACAGUAAUUUGAUUGUAUGCUUCGAUGCAUAAACGACUGGAAAUGCUGAGUAACAAUGAAUUCACUGUAUUCACGCGCAGUUUUUGCGAAGAAGAAAGUGGAAGAAGACACAUUCGCGUCGUAGGUACUUUCUUCGUCGACCGUUUCAAAACGACGCGACGACCGAUCGAAAGUUCAAAGCUCAUCGAAUCGCGUUGUCGUGCUCCAUUUGCCAAGUGGGACUCGAUGUGUCAAGAUUUAUGGAUGCUUAUACAUAUCUAUAUCAACGUUCUAUCAAGAGAGGAAGACUUAGCAAUACCAUGAAUUAAAAAAAAAACUCCCUCUUUUUCACACUGUUGCAAUACUCUAAGGUUCCAAAAUUAAGCAGAGUUCGUUUCCAUUUUUAUACGAACGACGUCAGUCAGGUUUUCCGAAAAAAAAGAAAAAAAAACGGUGGACUAAAAAUGCUAUUCGCGAAACGAUCUCUGGAUCACCAAGAAAAUCUGGCGGUGCAGCCAAACGGUAAAAUAAUUUGAUUAGAUAUUACAUCACCGCGACAUAUCGAAUCCAUUGAUUUACUUUCUUUCUGACAGCAGAAUCGUUGAAGAAAUUGCAAAAGUUUGAAACAACAUACCAUUCGAACUCGUGCUACUGAUCUCUUCUAUUAAACAAACGAAUUUACUUUCACUAAAAUCUUAUAAAAUUUAGGAGGAUGUAUACAUUGAUUAAUCACUUGCUAAAUUCUAUACUCGCAAUCUGACAACAGAAUGUUUCCAAAAUUUAAGAAACUCUUACAUUUUCCCUUUAUUCGAUUUAUAAAGUCAACUGAUGAAAAUGCUCGAGCAAUUUCCCUAUAUCCAGUUUUACGUCCAUUCUGUGAUCUUUUUCUAAAUCCUAUUCCCUUCCAGAAACUUCCGAUUCAUUCUGCGAUUCGUUCCAUCAUGAAAGAACGAUCGAAAAGAGAGGCAAAGAAGCAGCUGCACGGCGAUGCACCGCCACCCCAUUUCGUCCACGAAUCGAUCCCAGACUGUGUUCAUAGGACAGAGUCGACCGGAAGCCGACAGAAAGAGAGAGGAGAUAGAGAUAGAGAUUGAAUAAAGGGGAGGGGGAAGGGAAGGGAAGGGAGGGGGGUAAUUUAGGCGAUCGUCGAGCGCUCGAGAAUCCAUAGACAGACACACUGAUCCCCCUCCGCACGUACAUAGUACACAUAUGCAUACCAGAGUUCCUUGUUCAGACAUACGUAUAUAGUUUACGCGAGUCGUGCCCGUGUGCGCGUGUACACAUAUUUUAUUCGCGGAGGAAGAUAAUGGUUAUACUUCCGGGGGCACAUGCGCGCUAAGCCGCGUUUCCAUCGUGCAACGUAUACGUUGUUCUAGGUAAAAAAGAAAAGAAAGAAAAAAAAAAAGAAAACACUUGCAAUAAGCAUGCCAACAAUCUUCUUGCAAUAAGUACUGAAUAUAAUUAAACGUAUAAAGAAUAGUUAAGCGUUGUAAGCGUGUAUAGCGGCUUCGGUAAAUGCCAAGGAAAUCUAAGAGACAGAAAAAGAGUAUAUCUCUAUUUUAUUGUAAUGAUAUAUAUAUAUAUAUACAUACAUACAUAUAUAUAUAUAUAUCAUAUAUAUAUAUAUAUACGAAUAUAUAUGUACACGUAAUAGGCACACGUUCGGAUAAGUAUUUUUUCGGCUGCAGUAUAUAUAUAUAUAUAUAUAUUCACUCUUUGACCGAUCGACAUACACACUCGCAAGGGGAAUGAAAGAAAAAGGGGACAGAAAGGUGUACGCGUAUCAUGGCGCACGAAUACAUUGGCGCAGGUACAGACAGAAGUUCCAGAGAGGCUUUUAUCGACGGACGUUGCGAAAAGUCGUCCACCAGAAAGAUUAUGUUCUUUCCGGUUAUUGAACGAUAACAGUCUCCGUUUCCGAUUUCUCGCUCUUUCAUUAUAUCGAAUGGAGACACGAAUUGAGUCGGCCCGAGGUAUUAAAAUUCGAGUCCAUUUCGUGAAAGAGAAUUUAUGAUAUGGUUAUGUACUGGGUGUUCUUUCUUGUUGAGCUUGAUCGUUUCGAAUGGUCUGUAGUAGUAUUAAAUUUGUUUAGUACGCCAAAGUGGUAGUAGUUUCGUACGUAUCUUCUUUCUUUUUUUUUUUUUUUUUUUUUCGAACGUCAUUUGAUUUCCUUUUCUGCUUUUCUGUAGAAGUCGCAGACGCUCGCGAGACAUAGGUGAUCGAUGCAAAAUCUCUGACAAAGCCUACACGUUCUCGCACACAGUAUUAAUGUACACUUACAUCGUUGCAUCGAUUAAGAAUGGUAACACGGAGUAAUCACGAUUUUAUCAGCAUUGCAUAACGCUUAAAGCAAUCGAAAGAAACCAUAAGUUUUCAUUUCUUGAGUAUUUUCACUAUAUAACGAUAUUCAUUGAAAUUCUCUCGUAUAUUUAUCAUAAAAGUGUAUUACGGUGGCGCGAAUAAUUUUUUAAACGUUCAUGCGAAUCGAUAAAAAUUGAACACCUUGUACGUACCGUAUCAUGCAUUGCAACCUUUCGUUUACCUGGAUCAACUUCACACGCAGAUAAAAGAGUAUAUAUAUUAUAAAUAUAUCAUAUGUUAUUAUUACUAUUAUUACUAUUAUUAUUAUUAUUAUUAUAAUUUCUAUGUUUAUACAUAUAUGUAAAUAUUUAACUUAUUUUUAUUUUAUAUUCGAUUCGCGAGCGUAGCUCGUGUCCCGUUAUUACUAAUUCUAAUCGUUUGCUAGCGCACGCAUAGAAGUUCCUUUAAUUUAGCAAUAUAUGUCGUUCGAUUUCGUCAAAUAUUUACCGUAAUGUAUCCGUGCUAGCUUUAACAUUAACGAUAGCGAUUUGAAAAACGGAGAAUAAGGAUGCACAUAGUCGGAAGUCUGACCUGCGCGAAUACCAUGUACCUUCUCGUUCUUUUUCGUUUUCUAUUUUAACCCUUAACGGUUGUCAUACACGGACGUUCGUUCACCGCAGCACAUCUUUCUUUAACUAAAAAGUUCACCAAGUCAAACAAACUGGACUAAACGUAUUAUUAUCGUUCAACGUUAGACGAAUAGUUCGCAGCAGUUAGUUCAGUAGUAUUAUGUAUUGCAGCACGAUGAUAUUAAGAUAAAGCGGGCUAGAGUGAAAUUUCACUCGCCGUAGCCUUCAAAAAGGAUAGAUAGACAUUUAAACCGACGAAGCGGUUUUAAACGGGGAAAAUAUUUGACAAACGAAAGUGCGUGGUAAAUUAAUUUUACCAUAAACUACCCUACGAUUAGCAGUCAGGCAGGUAUUACGUAGGAUAAAACGUUACUAAAAGAGUAAUAACGAUAUGAGAUAGUCGUGUUUUAUCGUUGAGAUAUUCGAUCUUCGCGGUUUAAUAUCUUCGCCAACACAGAUAUACGAGAUUCUAAAAGCAUAGAACUUUCUUCGUUUUAAGAUUAAACCGUGCAACCGUGUGAAUAAUCUCUUGAAGGAAUAGAGAACAGUCGAAUGGAAACAAGCAAUCUUACUUACGAUUAGUUAGGAAGCAUCGCGAACACGUUAUGUACCCUAAUGGCCGAUCACAAUGAGUUUGCCCCGUUGUUGCAACCAUUUCUAAACUAUUCCGUCUUUAUCUUCUCGACCUAUGUGCAUACGGUUCUAUCGAUACGCUGUUAUUUACUGAAAACCGUUCUAAUUUGGAAACAUUUGAAUUAACUAGUUGCGAAUUGAUUCAGUUGCUUAAAUUAAACUAAAUUUUCCUUGCGCCAAUCUUUGAUGAGAUUAAGCAUCGGAUGUUAUUAAAACCGCUGACAACUAUAAUCGACAAUUAGAAAAAUUUAAUUGGAUGAAAGAAUGAGUUAGAGAACGAAGCAGGAUUAAGAUGUGUUUGUUAAUGAACAAAUUUAUUUGAUUACAGCGAUACCGGUGUUCAGAUAAGGCAAUAUUCAGUAAAUAACGCGUACAGGAGAAUCCUUGAAAUCGAGUCCUGAGAUGUUCACCAUCGCACACGUUGUAUAUAUUAUUGUGUAACAAAUAGUGAUAAUAAUGUUAACAUAACGAUUCGUAUCCGGAUAGAACGAUGUAGGAACGAUGUUGGCUCGAUAUUCCUUGAAAUUUCGAUAAUUAGACGAAUCAUAGACCAAUAAAUAAUAGAGGAUAAAUGUUUAAAUUCGCGGCAUUGUAUAUACUAGGGUGUCCUAAAAUAUUUGGUCAAAUGAAAUGGGAUUUGAACGAACGACGACGUGUAACGAAAAAAUUGAUUUUGAAGUUUCGAUCGCAUGCGAUAUUGAAAAAUAUUUUUCAUAUUAUAAAAAAAUGUUUUUUCAUAUCUCCGGGAGAUCUUUAUCUUUUAUUUACUAUGAAUUUUCACGUUUUUUUAAGAACUAGUAAGGUAGAAAGAUUUCAAUUUAAAGAUUCUAAAAUAAAUUGGAAUAUUCUGAGCUUGUCGAACGUUGUCUACGUUGAUAAAAAAAAAAAAAAAAAGAGACCAAUGCGAUCGAAAUUGUAGAAAUAAUAUUUUAUUCCUCGUUGUUGAUCCUCGAAUCCAUUUUCUCUCAUAUUUUACUGCAUAUUUUUCGAUGCUACGUUUGAAACGUUAAUCCACGUACUAAUUCCACUAAAUUCUUCAGGAAGAGUCUUUUUCUCUCUUUCUCUCUUUUUCAUUGUGUUCCAUGAUAUCGACAAUGUGUAUAAUGAUAUUAAAAGCGACGAAGAAGAAACUAAAGAAGUAAAAAGAAAAAAAAUGUGUAAAAACGAAAUUAAAAUUUUGCCACUAAAAUAUGCUAAUGAGAAAGAGAGACUGGAAACUGUAUAAUAAUAUUCUCGAAAAUCAAAAUAUUCUAAUGGGCAUUAAUCGUGUGUAUUUAUCGUGAGCCUCGUGUUUGAAUAAUAAACGACUAUUUUUUACGCGUUGCAAUAAGUAGAAAUUUAAAAAUCGUGUAAAUAAAAGAGAAUAAACGUUUCGAAUAACUAGAAGAGGAAGAGAGAGAGAGAGAGAGAAAAACUUGUAUCGAAUCAACGUUUGUGGAAAGUAAGUAAAUAAAUGAAUAAGAGAAAAAUAUAGAACCCUUAGGGUGUAUAUGAACUAAAAUUAAAAAAUUAAUUAAAAGGGAAAGGGAAUAUCGAAAAUCGAAUACCGGGCCAACGCAUAAAAGACUAAAAAAAAAAAAAAAAGAAAAAAAAAGCAGUGAACUACGUUCUAUGUGGGUGAUCGAUUUUAUUAAAGUAUUUAUUAUUGCCGCCUAGUGCCUGAAGGCAGGAAAUCGUUUCGCGUGCAUUUCCCGAUACGUGGAAGCACGUGUUUCCAUCAGGAAACGCGCGAGGGGAAGAGUUUUUCGUUGAUGCAGGUGAUCAGUGCCGUAACUAGAACUAACUUCCUUAACGAGUCGUUAACAGCACUAUUACUGAAUUGUUGAAUCAUUAAACGAAGGAUCUACGAUCUUGAUCUAUUAAACUCUAGGCAGUGGAACGAUUUAUAAAAAUUACAUGAACGCGACUUUAACGAAGGUGAAUUAAACUAUAUUAUAAUAAUAAAUACUUCGCAAAUGUUUGCUAUGCGAUUCAAAGAUACGAAAAGUAUUUCUAUGAUAUUCUUCUAUCGAUUAAUCGUACGGUAUUUUUAUUGGAACACGAGCGAGUAAUUGAUUAAUUAAUUAAUAAUGCCAUUUAUAUCUAACAAUCCUCCUUCAAUUUCUUCAAAUUUCAUUCUUUCAAACGUCGAUGAAAAACACAUUAGUCAAAUUCUUGGCACGUUCUUUCCGUCGUUAAGGAAAUGUUAGAUUUAAAUAGCGUAAAUCGUCUGGCACCUCUCGAUAGGUUAAUCCGAGUCCUUUUCGUUUCGAUCUAGUACACACGCCACUUUCUAUCUAUCAGAUAUUAGAUCACAUUCUUUGAAAUAGACUGGAAAAACAAUCAGGUGCGAAGUAAAGUAGCGAAAGGUAAUAAGACUAAAUAAAAAAAGAAGAAAAAAAGAUGGUAGAUAGAGGUUCACAGUGCGGUCCAGUGCCACUGAUCGCUUUCACACGACCUAUACAACUUUCGAUGUACAUAUUGGAUUGGCAACUAAGCGAUUGCGGGUUCUGUCAAUACCGUCUAAUGACAAAAUCCGCAAUCACUUAGUUGCCAACCCGAUAUGUCGUGUUUUCUGGCGUUAAUUUAUCGAAUGUUAGAAUGUUAGAAUGUUAGAAUGUUAGAAUGUUAGAAUGUGGUCCAAUCGCGCAUUACGUUUGCGAUACGCAUCUGUAUCGGUUCUCGUGUACAUAAAUAGAUUUUCUGGAUCUAGAUUUAGUAACUAUGAACAGGGUGAGCACAAGCCUAGCUUGUCGAGUCUGUCGACGAACGAUCAGUCAAGUAAAAGAAAUUUCUUAAUUCGUUUCGCAGGCAAAUAUCCUAAUUUAGUGAGCAGCACUGAAACGUAGACACACACACGCUACGAAGCGUGCGCGCAGCACCUUAGUUGCCUAUAUUAAGUAAUCAUAGACGGUUAAUUAGCGUGAGGAUGAAUUUCCGUGAAGUGUCCCACGGUGAACCAGGUUCAGAAGGCGUCGUUCGACGCUUUAAAUCGAUAAAUUAGUCGUAAAAGAGGCGAAGCAACAUCGGGCGUGAGUCGUGCUGGUUGCUCUGAUGACUUUCGUUUAAAUCUCACCGACUGCACUGCUUCCUGAAUGUACAGGGUGUUUAGGAGAAAAGCUCCAAGAUUUUUCUCACUCGUAUCAUUCAUUCGGACGAAUAAUUUGCUAAAUUAUCUUCGAUACGACUUGUUCCUUUGCAAGAAAUGUUUAUUUUUUUAUAGGCAAUUGUAUACUUCGACAAAAUACUCAUACGUGUACUAUAAAUCCACUAAAUCCGAUCAUUGGAUAUUUACGAACAGUAACGUUAACUCGCUCAUCAAUCGCGCGAAUGUCGCAUCGAAGUUAGAGAAAGAAGUUAUACUUGGAGAUAUUACUUGGCAAAGAGAAAAGAAAGUUCCUUGCUUUUCUAUCAUUUUUUCUGAUAUUAACGAUAAUCUAUAAUUACGAUACCAUGUUGUUUCCUCUUACGUACUCUUUGUUCCAUAUACUCGUAUUCUCAGAUCGUUUCUUUCCUUCUUUGAGUAUUAUACCGAUCAGACGUGUUCUAUUCUUCUCGGUGAGUAAAAUAUUUCGUCGAAAUAAUUUCAUUAAUGACAUUAACGUCUUGGAUCCUUAUUUUUCUUUUCCACGCUCUAUAGCAACGUAUACGGUCUUGUUGAUUCAGUAUUUUUCUUUUUGCUACUUGGUUUUAUAGGGUCGUUUUCCUUUUUCUCUGAACGUGGCGCUUGGCCGUUGUUCAUCGAACGAAACUGAUUAAACGACAGGCCACUUCGGAAUUUGUGAUAGUUCUAGUUACGGUACUAGUUGUAAGCGUUCAUAUAGUAUGUAUAGGGUGCGCGAAUGUACGCACAAGAAAAAAUUCGCGCCGCGUCUAGUAGAAUUUCAAUGGACUGACACCGAAGAUUUAGUUUUUAAAUUGUAUAGGUAUAUCGCGCCUCAAAUAUUCCUUCGUUCGAACGACUGGCCUUCGAUAGAGAAAUAUUCGCGGUAAUUACGAGUAUCGUAAGAACCUUUGCAACCGCCUGUGCAUAGUUCCGGCGGUCUUCACUUUCGAUGUGUUUUUUUUUCUAAAAUUGAAGCGCCACUUCUUCUGAAAAAAGCGUGAUCUGGGAAUCGGAAGAGGAAAUUAUGUUUCAGUUCCGAGUGUCAAAUAACAUUAUCUAUAGAUAUAAAUCGUUGAAUGUUCUUUGGUUUCUUCGAGAUUAAGAGCGAGCAUAAUCGUUAGUUAUGUUAGUUAGAGUUUGGAUCGAAUCCAAAAGCUUUGAUCAAUUUCUCAUUUUCUUGAUAUCCGUUGAAAUGUUAAAUGUAAGAUAAACGAUUAUACGUAUGGUUUUGUUUAACGCGUAAAAUCACCAAGAUUGUUCGAUCGAUCGACGUUCGAUUUAUGUUUAACCGUAAAAGUAAUUUUCUUUUUUUAAGAUUCGUUCCAACGCCUUCUUCAGGUUUCGUUAGGUUCUUUUUCAAACAUCUUCGUAUAAAUAGAUUCCUAAUAAAAAAAAUUACGUAAAACGAAUACUGCCUAAGCACGAUCAAACUAUAUAAAUAUACAAGCAAGAAACCAUAGAAAAUAAUUUCUAUCGUCUCAAGGUACUAGGAGCAAUAAAAAAAGGUACAACGUAAAAAUUAACUUAGAGAAGUUUAACGAGAUAAGAUUCGAAAUCCAAGAUUCCUGGAUCGCGAAUAGCCUGCAAGACUAAACUUAUUAUAAUACAGCUUGAACUCGGAAAUCAGAAAGAGAAAAGGAUAAUUGAGAGGCUGUGAAAAGAAAAGUAUUAUGUACGGUACUAUGGAAACUAUACUAUCUAUGUACCGUUUUUCGUAAACGUUUAGACACCAAUACGUUACGAAUAAAUAAGAAAAUUUACACCGAUAAAUAUCGUAUAAUAGUUUAAAUAUAAACAAUUUGAUUAGUCCGAUCUGAAACUUCUUUUUUUCAUUAGUUUAUAUUUCUUUUUGAUAAAAUUCACGUUUUUCCAUCAUCGAAUCCCUCAAUUAUCCUUAUGGAAAUAAUCGAUCGAAGGAAAAUGUUAACGUUAAUUUCCGAUCGAUUUCCGGCGUAUUUUUAUGCAGACUGCUCGGAUAUUUAAGAUUCUUCUACUCAUCUAUCACACGUAACCAAAAGCAACAGGAAACUUCAAUUUUCUCGAUAUACAGAAAAGAAAAAGGGGAAAAAGAACUCGAGGUGCAUAGUCCUAUAUUUUAUACAGACCUUGUUACCUUAAGUAUAUAAUAUCGAUAAUAAACAGCAUGUAUACGCGUAUAACGAUUCACCGAACUAUACUAUAUCGUAUCGUUAUACGAUAAAAACUAUAAAACGUUAUAGAUAUAACGAUCUAACGAAUACCUAUAUACGUAAUUUCCUUUUCUUCGCCUUUUCUUCUUUUUUCCUUUUAAGGAUCGUGUACAAUCGGAGCACAGGUGUUCGUUUUUUUUUCUAAUUAAUUAUUCGAUAUUCGUUUUUUUUUUUUUAUUUAUGAUCGUUAAACAUAGAAGUUAAGAAGCUAUUCCUCUAGCAACGAAUUAUUUUGCUCGCUCAGUGGAUCAUCGAGUUUAUUACUCGUUAAAUAGGAAAUAAGAGCGACAUCGUGAAAAGUAAAAUAUCGCUAUGAUACAGCAUGCUACUUGCGAUUUUAUCGCGCGUGAUUUUUCGUUCACACAUUUCUCGAAGCAAUAGAAAGCAACGAUGGUUGCAAAAAUAGUUUCGUAUGGAAUGCAAGGGAUGUUUCUGUCUUCUGCGAAAAAGAGGAAUUUGUUUUUCUUUUGGUUUGAAAGUGCGCGUCGAGGCGUGUGCCGUGUUCAGGCAGAAGAAUCUCACGAAUUGAACAACCCGUUUUCAACUUCGUAGCACUUUCGUUAAUUCGUAAGAAUUGUCACAUAUCCGCCACAACGUCAGCCGCCAAUUUGUCGUCAAUAGUCAUCCGAGACAUUGACUAGAUCGCCCGUGUUAAACUGCAUUUAAAAAAUGAAUAUUCAUAUAUAUAAAUAAAUAUAUUGUUCGUGAAAUCCAUUCGGAAGAUUUUAAAUCAUUAGUAACUUUGUGCUUCGUACAUUUUCACAUUGUAUAGAACACAGUGAGAAAUGUAACUAAAUCGAUAAGUCUAAUGUUUCCGUUCUUUUUUUUUUCUUUUUUUUAAUCUAAUUUAAAAGAAAUUGUUUUAAUGAAUUUUAUUUAUUUAAAAAAUCACGUUAUACGAAAUUGAGUCAGAAAUUUGUCGAAUGACAUUUGAACAAUUAUUCGUGAACGAUAAAAGCUUUCCCCGAGGGCGCUUGAUCCUUAAUUAAUAGAUAAUCAUAAUUUAUUAUUUAUCCCGUAUGGGUGAAUCCUCCCAAACGUUCCCCCUCGGUUUUUCGAAAGGUUUCGCGAUUCCAGCGUAACCCAUUAUCCGUCAGAAUUGUUGGAAAUGUAUAUUUACGACAUGAGAUAUCGCCUAACUGUGUUGCAAUUUUCUCAAAUGAAAAAAAUAAAAUAGAAUCGAACGAUCGAUAGAGGAAAAGUUAUAUAGAACUGACGGAUAAUGGGUGAAGAUUUCAUUGAAAUUCUGAGGAUAAUAUCGAAGAGAUGAGCCGGAGAACGCGAGGAGAAACCAAAAUCCAGACCUUUCCAUAAGAAACGUUAUUCCUAAUCAAAAAAUCCUGCCAUACCGUGUCUUCCAAGACAGAGAUUAUUGAAUAGCGAAUUAGUUUAGUAUUUAUACACGGUUUUACGCCGCUAUCUGUGUUGCGAACUCGCCCAAAUCGACUAAUUAUUAUCGAUGAAUGGAUAUUAUAGAAACUGAUCACAUUCCGAUACAUGGGAAUAACAUUGGAAUUAUUAUUCUAAUUUUGAUAAUAUCAUUGUACCGAAUUUAUAAAAAAAAUAUCUCGUGUCACGACGCUCAAACUUUUACAUAUAUUUCGAUCUUCCUCUCGUUUUAAUAGAAGAUGGGAUUUAUAACGUUUUAGAAAGAUGUUCGACGUAAAAUUCAAAUGAUAAACCGUGCAUACCGAUAAGAAUCUCUUUCAUAUUUUACUAGAAAUUGACUUUUUUUCUUCGAGUGAAAUUGUAACAAUCACAUUGUCGAUAAUCAAUCACGCAAAACUAUUGUCUCGCGCGUAGAUCAUUUAAACGAUGAGUUUACUGGAUACGAGGAACGUUGUAGGAAAGAAAUAACGAAUAAUAAUAAUAAUAAUUAUGGGCUAGCAAUAUUCGAUAACGAUGAAAAACCGUACCCCUGUAAUCCGAAAUAAGUUAAGUUGUCGUUUUAUCCUGUUAAAGAAGAAAAAGUAGCGAACGUGCGAGCAUUGAGAUGAAUGAAAGAAAUAAGUCUGAUUGCCUGUGAGGUGAAAGAAGUAACGCGCGAAUAUUUUACGACGCGGAAAGAAAGAGUCGGCGAACGUCGUUGUCAACUUUCUUACGGCGAAAACGAUGAUGCACGCGCACGCGUAAAAAGAACAUGUUUUUACACUGUGUAAGAUACGAGUUUUAACGAUUGUGUAAGAAAAAAAGGUUCUAUCCGGGGAAAAAAUUGGCGGUGGUGUGAAGAAAAAACCAGAGACAUCGAAGAUAAAAUUGUUCUGAAAUAAUUAUGAUACGAUUAAUGAGAACACUGCACCACGAUUACUUGCGACACUCGAUGUGUAUUUAAAAAAUAAGUCCUUCUUUUCACGAGUUGUAUCGGCUGAGAAUCUAAUUUGGUACAGAAAAAUCAAACACUAUAUCGUUUGUUGCUAUAUGUGUUCGAAAGACGGUUAUUAUUGUUCUUGUGGUCAAGAUACGAGAAUCUAAUAUAAAAUUGUUUUAAAAUGAAAAAGAGAUGUAUAAGAAAUCCGAACGUUUCGUAUGAUAUUCCCUAAAAUGCAUCACAUACAUACAAGAUCGUGAAAUUUCUAAUUUUAUCGGUAAUCUGCCCUUUACUAACUUAUUUGCGUACUUUCGUUUCGAGUUUCAACGUGAAACUCGUUCGAUUUCUUCGAUAUCUCCUGUUAAUACCCCUUGCCGGACCCGCCACACCUAAUCACACAAAUGUACAUACUUAUAUUGCACUAAUUUUAGUAUUGCCGCUGAGUAUUAUAACUAGUCACAUAAGCCAAAAGUUUGUUACUCUCGCAAAGUUUUCUUUUUUCUCAGUUUUGUAAUAAAGGAGGAUGAGUAAAGUCCUUAAAUUGAA